UAAAAAAAAAAUGUUUCAAUAAAAUUAUGGAAAUUACAGCGCAAAUAAGAUGCUCAUCAAUUGAUUCGUUUACACCAAGCAACCAUGCCCGUGGCUUUAUGUAUUGCAAAUUCCUCGAAAGCUUCAAAUCGUUUCUCGUUAUCAGUGAUCUUAAGAACGCAAAGCAAGCGAAUCAAAACAAAAUGACAAAAUAACUCAGAGAGUCUUUCACCUCUUGGCCGUUGGAUGGAAUUACGAAGAUGGAGAGUAAGCCUGAUGUUCAGUUUUUUAAAAGCCAUACGAGUGAGAUGUUCACAGCAUUCCAAGUAAACAAGUGAUUGGAAUUUCUUUAAAAUAUUUGUUAAACCCAAAACAAAGAUUGUGAAUCGAAUUGUGAAAAAGGCCUGCUAAAGGCCAGCAGAAUUAGGAAAUGGUGGCUAGAGCCCUACCGGAAAGCUUAAUCAUGGCUUGGUUACUUCUUUUGUGCACUAUGACCGUGGUAAAAGCAAGGGAUAUCCCCACUCCUCUACCCGAGUCGGAGCCCGAAACGCGACCUUGCAAUGACUCAUUUUGGCCUGCAACCAAACACCAGUUCGAGGAUCACAUUGAUAUGCUGCAACAACCCUGCACCGAUUUUUGGGAAUAUGCCUGCGGCAAUUGGCGCAUUCCACAAAAGCUGCGCUUCUUAAAACCCACCGAUACCCUAACAGCCAUUAAGGCUUCCAAUAAAUAUCUGCUCAUGCGGCACUUCGAUGAUAUCGAACAGAGCAGUGACAAACUGAAUUCUUCCGAUUUGGCCGAGAGAAGUGCAGUGCAAUUCUACAAGUCCUGUCUUGACAAGAGAGCUCUGCGUUCCCGAACUCAGGAUGAGCUAUCGAUACGUUUCUAUACUGAGGUUUUGAACAAUUUUAGCACCAACUGGCCCAUACUGCAAGGCAAUCUCGCUGCUGCAAAAGUCGAGAAGAACUUCAAUUGGGAAUACGUGGCUGGUCAAAUGCGCCGUUAUGGCACACAGGCCUUGAUAAGAACACUGGUCCAACCCAAUUGGCAGAGUUCCCAGCAAUUAAUUGUCUACCUAAUGCCUCCCUCUUUUGAGUUCUUAAAGGCCCGCCAAUCGGAUACCACUUUUGAUGAGGAAUCGGUUUUUCUCUAUCAACGUUAUGUCAAAAUGCUCAUGAUGGAUUUGGGGGUGCGAGUAAGAAAAUCUAAUCUAAUUGCCAACGAGGUCAUAAACUUUGAGAAGGAUCUGCUGGGGUUGGUGAACACUAAAGACGCCAUGAUCCUCAAGGAACCCCAAACACUGGCCUCGCUCUCUAAGGAAAUGCCUGAGGUGGACUUGAAGAAAUAUUUCAAUACCCUUUUCCAAGAUUUCACUCUUCCCCCACAAUAUGAAGAGAAAAUGCUGAUAGUGGCCGAUAAAGAUUUUCUACGCAAAUUGGUACGCUUGCUGGAUGAAACCAAAGUUGAGACUAUAGCCAAAUACUUUCUGGCUCAAUUCCUGGUGAACUUUGAAGUUAACAUUCAUGAUGAUCAAGGAUAUUUAAAGCAGAAGGAGGCCUGCCUAAUGCAGGUUAACGAGUUCAUGCCUUCCGAACUUACCAGGAUUUUCCUACAGCUGCAGUACGGUAAUGUGGAGGAGUUCCUGCGGGAGACCGAACAACAUUUGGGGCAAAUAUUUGGCAAACUUAAAAUACAAUUCGAAAAAUUGGUCAACUCCACAAGUGUCUUCGAAAGGGAUGUCUAUUCCAAGAAUCUUAGCAUAGAGAAGAUUCGAAAUAUGCAUCUGCUUUUGCCCAAAUUGGAAGGGAAUAGCGGUGCUGAAGUACUAACAGAGAUCAAAGAUAAUUACGAUCUGAACCUGAUCGCUUUGACGAGAUUGAAAAAUAAACGUCAACUUCAACAAUUGGUGCCCCACAUGGUCAGCGAUAUAGCAGAGAUUAUUACGGAUCCCCAAUUGUCCUUGACCUCCUUGUAUCUGGAUCAAUCUUAUGGACCUCUGGAUGUCAAUGCCUAUUAUCGUUUGAAGAAGAACGCCAUAGAACUGCCCAUAGGCAUAUUACGUUCGCCGUUGUAUGAUCGCUGCCUGAAACCCGCCAAAAUCUAUGGCAGUUUUGGCUACAUCUUGGCCCAUGAACUUUUGCAUGGUUUCGAUUAUGAUGGCUUGAACUAUGGCAAGUCAGGAAAUACAAACAAUGGCUGGGGUCCCAAGGCCAUUAUCAAGUUUGGGGUCAAAUCGAAUUGUUAUUUGAAUGAACGCUAUGUCGAUGGCCAUUCGACCAUAAAUGAGAAUAUCGCCGAUGCCGAAGGUUUGCGUUUGGCCUUGGAGACUCUGUUGGAGUCGGAAGUGGGUCCCACAUUUGAUCAAAACGAUUUGAAGUUAUUCUUUUUGAGUUUUGCCCAAACCUGGUGUGGCGUUUCGAGUGCCAGCAAUAGUAGUUUGCGCAUACACGCCAGCCACCAGGAGAGGGUCAACAAUGUGUUGGGCAACUUUAUGGAAUUUGCUGAUGUUUACAAGUGUCAGCCUUCAACGCCGCUCCAUCCAGAGGAAAAGUGUCGCAUAUGGUGAUGAAUAAAAAAUUUAACUAUUAAAACUCUACUUAAUGAGAUGACGAAACUAAUAAAGUUGAGCGUUAUUAUUCUUAUUAAAGAAACUAAAGAAAUAACUUUCAUUAAACAUAAUUUUUAAGAUGUUUUAUGGAGGCAUACGAUUAAAAUUCUUUACCAUUAGCAUAAUUAAUUAAAUGAUAAGUAAACUAAUAUUAAUCAUACGUACGAAUAGAAUUCUUAUAAAAUGAAGGGUAACACGCUUUAUUGCCUUAAUUCGAAACCUACUCCCUCACUCUCUCUUGUUACCUUCAAGAAUAUUUUCUUUAAUUCUUUUUUACAACUCUUGUUCUGUUCAUACAAAUCACCCAAACCCAAGAAAUGACGUCAAUAAUCAUGUCUUCUCUAUGAGAGUUAAGGAGAUAAUUUUCACUUUUGUAUUGUGUGCAACUUAAGCUAGAAAUAAACCCGUUAAAGAAAACAA